AUGUCUAGUACAUCUAUAGAUCACUACAAGAUAUUAGACUUGAGUGUGAAUGCGUCGGCUAUAGAUAUUAAGAAGGCGUUCAGAAAACUGGCUCUAAAGUAUCAUCCUGAUAAGAAUAAGACUAGAGAGGCCGAAGACAAGUUCAAGCAGAUCAAUGAUAGCUACAAAGUCCUAUGCGAUCCACAUAAAAAGGCGGAUUAUGAUCGAGCAAGACAAUUUACAGCCACCACCACAUCGAUGAAUUCCGGAGAACCAUUUGGAUAUGGAUAUGCUUAUUCAUUUGGUGCGGAAUCAUUUGCCCAAGCAGCAGGAAGAGAGUAUGAUAGAGCAAGACGUCAGUAUGAAGAGUUCAAGAGAAGGCAGGAUCAAGAACAAAGAGCACGUGUUAAUGCAGAAAGGGCUAGACAAUCAAGAAUGGAGAAGGAGGCUUGGGAAAGAGUGUAUCGAGAGAAAGAGAGAAGGCAAAAUGAUGGAUACAGUCCGUUUGGUAACGCCUUUCAUUACAGUCAGUUUGACGAUGAAUUUAGCAAUCCGUUCUCUGGUUUCAGGCCGAGGUUCGACACGGGGAGCAAGAAAAAGGAGGAUCCUAAGCCGGAUCUACAAAGUACUAAUAACGGCAAAUGGAGCAAAUCAUCGUCUUCGUAUUCAUUUAAAGCAGGAGAGAAAACAUAUAUGGGGCCUACUCCAAAGAGCACCGUAAAUGAUGUGAAAGAAACAGAGAAUGGCAACGAGCAGAAGUCAUCUUUACCCCCUUCACCUGAAUCUGCUUUUUCUAACAUUAACUCCGAUUCUUCUUAUCUGUCCGAAGACAAUCUUCCAGAUACUUCUGGUAUUCAAAAUGCGGAUGCAAAUGGAUUUUCAAAUCCGUUUGUGGCUCCAAAAUUCGAGUUUGACCCAUCAUUUGCUAAGCCGAACAUAACCGGUGACCCCGUUGACCCUGGUGACCCCGCUGGAACCGCUGGAACCGCUGGAACCGCUGGAACCGCUGGAACCGCUGGAACCGCUGGAACCGACGGAACCAAAGAUGAUCCCAUUGUACUUGAUGGCGGGACUGAAGAAGAUCCUAUUAUUCUUGAAGAGUCAAAUACUGAAGGUACCGAGAAGUCUAGCCCUAGAAGAGUUUCACGAUCACCACACAGAAGUGGUUUAAAGAUCAACGGCAAGCAGCGAUUGUGGAAUCCGCCUAGAAGUCAAAACGAAACUCUGUCAGGAAGGGCUGAAGCUAGAAAUGAGACGGAAAUGGAUGUUGAGGAAGAAGAAGAGGAGUCUGAUGAGACUGACGAUACGUUUCAUUUUGAUGUGAAUCACCUGGCACCAUUUACAGAAACCUCUGGCGAUUUCAAUAUGGAUUCAAUAGAGCGAUCAUUGAAUACUGAAGAGCUGAACACUGAUAAGAAAGAGCCAGGUAAGAGAAGAAGGGAUUCGGGAGUUGAUGAGUUUGGUAAUCAAGAUUACAUGAACGAGCACGAGCAAGAACCCGCACCUAAAGUAAAGCCCUCUGUGAAUGUGGAUUCAUCGGAAAUACCUAUUCAUGAACCGGUGAAUGGAUCUCUACCUAGAAGACCUCCUGCUCAGCCAUUGACUGCACAAGAUCUUGGAUUCGAUUUCAGAAUCAUUGAGAAGAUCCAAUCAGCAGUGCCUAUUUUAUCCGCAUCAGCCAGUCUUAUGGAAUAUUGGCCCUAUCUUGAAUCUGUGGAGAAGUUUAAUCUCUUGAUGGCAGAUUAUACCAGACAUAGAAGCGAGUUGAACCGUGAGAAUAUGGAUAGAAUUACUCGGGAGCCACUCAGUUUUCAGACCUAUAGAAAGGGCAUCGAGCUAGAUUUGAAACUUAGAAAGUUUUGGAACACGGUCUCUGAAAACUGCAAGCUGGCUUGCGAACGCUAUUCAUAA